AUGGACAUUCAGUGCCUGGUAGCCAUGGUUGUGAGUGACUGGUGGAUGUUCACUCAGUCUGUGCCGGUGUGGUCCUCAGGAAACAGCAUCCUCCAUUCCGCAGCCGACAGUGUGACCAGUGCGGUGCAGAAAGCAAGCCAGGCCUUGAAUGAGCGUGGGGAGCGGUUAGGCCGAGCAGAGGAGAAGACAGAGGACAUGAGGAACAGUGCCCAGCAGUUUGCAGAAACUGCACACAAGCUUGCCAUGAAACACAAAUGUUGAGAAACUGCUUAUCUCGGUGACCCUCUCAAGAGAAGUGGAAGAGUUUGUUCUGCGGUUCUUACAGGAAGUCGGGGCCUCCAUUUGCUUUUGUUUUCCAGUAUAUGGAUGGACAUUUAGGUUUUUUGGUUUCUCCUUUUCAGAUGUGAACAGGAAAAGAAACUGUUGUGUUGAUGUAUCACCCUCAUGAUCUUGCUAAGAAAUGCUGCAAACGCACCAGCUUUGUUUUGUUUUGUCUUAUUUUCUACUGCAUUUACAUGUUUUUCUCUUUUCUAAGAUAUGUUUAUUUGUUUGUUUGUUUACUAGUUUGAAUAUGAGAUUUGGGCCAAAUGGUAUACCAAGCAAGAACUAAAGUGGCAACAAAACUUUUGUUUUGAUAAUAACCAGGAAGACAUGUAAAUGUGGUGACAUCAGAGGUUUUUGGCUCCUAUAUGGAAAUAAAAGUCAAGCAGUGAUUGGUUUCUCGCAGUCUCCUAGCUGCUCUUAAUUUGAAGGUUUUCUGUACCCUGCGACAUAUGUCUAUAUUAUGGAAAACAAUUGGAUAUAGCAGGAGAAACAGCAGUCUUAGAUUUUGCUUUUAAUGUAGUAAUAUUUUGCAUGAGCCAUCACUAGCAUUCAAUAAACGAGCCAGAAUCACAGAUAGAAAUCUACUUUUUUGAGCUAUAGUUGAAAUGCUUCAGUGAUUUGUUUAAAGACUGAUUUCAUGCCAGUGUGAUGUCUGGUUCUUCUUUCUCUGUCCUCCUAUCUUUCUCAUAAAUAAAUAAAAUCUUUUAAAAAAAGACUGAUUUCAUAUGAAGGAUAAAGAUUUAAGAUUAAAGAUCUAUAGAAAAGCCAACUUAAAAGCCCCCAGUACAUUCAUGAAUGUUUCUUUCUUUUGUCAUUAUUCCAAAUUAGGGUAGCUGCUAUUGAAAAAAGCUUGUCAAGAUAAAGGUCUGUAUCAAUGAUACUGUGAAAAGAUACAUUUAAAAUCUUAUGUCUAUUUUUUAACUAUUAUUAUUUUUUUUUACAAAGUCUUACUUAUUUCAGAGACACAGUGUCCUUGAGAAAUAGCUUUCAGUUUCUUGGCAUUUGAUUUUUUGAAAGGUUUCCUGUUUGUUAUUUGCUGUCUGUUGUUUAAUGUAGUUUAACGUAUGUGCGUUUCUGAAGAAAUUGCAUUUCAUGGCAACUGUAACUUGCCUGAUCUGGCAUAAGAUAGGACAGUCAAAGCCUUUCUGUUGCGGUCGGACUGAAUAAAGUUGACUCACAUGCCUCGUGACUUUAUAUGAGAGUUAGAGGGUUAGGAUUGUCAUUGUGAAAGCUGUUUUUCAUUUUCCUGUAACAAGAAGGCAAGUUGCACCUCCCAGCUGCAGGCUAGUAGCCCACUGCAGGACAUCGGUUCAAAGCUGCUUGAAUCUUCAGGAUACUUUUCUGCUCCUUCCUGAGAUUGAGCCAAUUGAAUGCACAUGUAUUGUAGUCCCUUACAUAGCAGUAUAGAAUGACUUCUGGAUUUUUAUGCUGCUAUAAGUAGCUUAAGUUCUCCUAAUAAAGACAUCUGGGGAGACAGAAAGUUGUGUCAUGGAGGGAAAUACCUGAGGCAACCCAUGCCAAAAAAAGGGGAAAAAAAAAAAAGAUGAGCUGGAGAUGCAUUUCUGAAUUCUCUUCGUGAAAUUAUCCAGUUCAAAAAGACUCUCUGUAAAUAUAUAUAAAUAUAUAUAUGGUAAGCAAAUAAGUUUACUAUAGUAUUUUGUACUUUUGGUGUCUUAGAAGUUCAAAGAAGCAAGGGACUUGUUACCUGUAAGUACCAUUAGAGACAUAAUUUCUAAGAAGUCCAAAAUAUCUCUCCCAGUAGGUUUCAUUUGCAUAAUUUUGCUUACUUCAGUUUAGAAAGUACACACACACACACACACACACACACACACGCAUAUUCAUCUUCCCAAACUGAAUUCUAGCCUCAGAGAUAGUCGAUAUAAAUAAUUGAAAGAUAGAUCUAAAACCCACUGACAAUCAGCCAAACUCAGAAGCAGAUUUUAUGCCAACUAUCUAACAACAUGUUUACAAAGAUACUUCUCAAGUAGCAGAAGAUGAAGUCAUAAGCAUACUAUGAGAUUUGACAUGCUUCAUCCCUGGUGAAGUUGUGAUAGUUAUCCUUCUCAAGUAUAAAUACUCUACAUUCUGCCUUCUUUCCUCACUGUUUAUCCUUCUAGACUGGCAUUUAUUGGCACAAGGUAGAAUUAGGGGGGGGAAAGAAUUUUGACUUCUUCUUAUUGGCUCUAUUGGUCUGCUUCCAGGUUGUGAGCUUGUGUGCCCUCACCAACCCCCCACUCCCAGCUCCCGACAAAACCCUGCCUACCUCUUUGUCCCCACAGAGAGGCCAGGACAGUACCCCUUUUCCCUCCUCUACCUCCUUACCUCUUACAGAGGAGGCCUGUGGUGACACACGUGAAAUUCUUUGCUAUCCUUUUGUAGAAGGUGCUGUCAUGUAAAAUACUAACACCAUCUAACCUAGAGAAAAUAGCCAACAUGAUUCAGAUCAUUUGGGACCAAUCCAUUCAGGUGAGUUCACUGAAAGACACUUCAUUUCCCUUUAUUUCAUGUCUACACUUCACAAUGAGCUUUGGGGAUACUAUAUUUCUGUGAAGGAUUUCUUAAAUUGUAUUGACAACACAAAAGAGAAGAAAUUUCCCUGUGUUACUACUUCUUCUUGGAAAGUAGUCAUAGUAUUAUUCACUAGUAUUAGGUAUCUGUGUACACGAAGUGUACAGUUAUUCAGGUUAAUGUUUCAUAGCAAAGAAUGUAUUUGUCAAGUGUAACGAGAUCAGUAGUUAACCUUUUUUAAGCUCAGAAGAAAAAAAAAAGAUUAUGUGUUAGACUUAAAAUUGCAGUGAAAUCUGUCUUAACAUUACUUUUGUGGCUAGCAAAGGUUGUGUAUUUAUGUAAAAAAAAAAAAAAAAAACUAUUUACAGAUUGCCCUAAAUAGGGAUAUUAAAGAUAGGUUUCGCUUUUAAUUCUUAGAAUUGUAACAGUGCUGAUGUCUGUCGUGCAGCUCUUAAUUCUUCAGAAAUUCUCUAAAAUGUCAAGUACAAUUUUUGUUUCUUUCAGAGACAAGUAACACCUGCUCUAUGAUUGACUAUUUCUGAUUUUUGUCAUUAAACAUUUUAAUUCUGUGUUGAAA